UGACCUUCGCAAGGUGACCGAAGAAGUAGCGAAGCUAGCAUGAAUCCCAUUUUCUGAACACUAAUCUCAAAGAGUGGUCCGCGUUCGCACUGGCAAUUCCUUUAGCGCUUGUGUGUUGUGGAGUGUACUACCACCGUCCCUGCUAGUUGCUAACGAGUUAAAGUCCUGCAAAGUCCUUAGAAUGUCGAAGCCACAGUCGGAUAUCGAUAAGAGGAAACAGAUCAGUGUGCGCGGCAUAGCCCAGUUGGAGGAUGUGAAUGAGAUCAAGAAGGAUUUCAAUCGCCAUCUCCAUUACACCUUGGUAAAGGACAGGAACGUAGCCACCGUGCGUGAUUAUUACUUUGCCCUAGCCCAUACCGUGAAGGAUCAUCUGGUGUCGCGAUGGAUCAGGACGCAGCAGUACUAUUACGAGAAGGAUCCCAAACGCGUGUACUAUUUGUCCUUGGAGUAUUACAUGGGCCGAUCACUGCAAAACACCAUGAUAAAUCUUGGAAUACAAACGUCGUGCGAUGAAGCUAUGUAUCAGAUGGGCCUGGACAUCGAGGAGCUUGAGGAGCUGGAGGAAGAUGCCGGCUUGGGCAAUGGAGGUUUGGGACGAUUGGCCGCCUGCUUCCUCGACUCUAUGGCAACUCUGGGCAUGCCGGCCUAUGGAUACGGCAUCCGUUACGAGUAUGGUAUUUUCGCGCAAAAGAUUCGCAACGGUGAACAGGUGGAGGAGCCGGACGAUUGGCUCCGUUACGGUAAUCCGUGGGAGAAGGCACGUCCGGAAUACAUGAUCCCGAUUCAUUUCUAUGGCCGCGUUAUCGACACUCCCGAGGGUAAAAAGUGGGUCGACACGCAGACCGUCUUUGCCAUGCCGUAUGAUAACCCCGUGCCUGGUUAUGGCAACAAUGUCGUCAACACGCUGCGCCUGUGGUCUGCGAAAUCGCCGAUCGAUUUCAACCUAAAGUUCUUCAACGAUGGCGAUUACAUCCAAGCCGUGCUGGACCGAAAUCUGGCAGAGAACAUUUCUCGAGUGCUGUAUCCGAACGAUAACUUCUUCGAAGGCAAGGAGUUGCGCUUGAAGCAGGAAUACUUCAUGUGCGCUGCUACGCUGCAGGACAUUGUGCGUCGUUACAAGGCGUCCAAGUUUGGAUCGCGCGAUGCCGUCCGCACGUCGUUCGAGGACUUCCCGAACAAGGUCGCUAUACAGCUGAACGAUACGCACCCUUCGCUGGCAAUUCCCGAACUGAUGCGCAUUCUGAUCGACGAUGAAAAGCUGAGCUGGGAUAAGGCAUGGGACAUUGUGGUGCGCACCUGCGCCUACACGAAUCACACCGUCCUUCCGGAGGCACUGGAGCGCUGGCCCGUUUCGAUGCUGCAGUCCAUUCUGCCGCGCCAUUUGGAAAUCAUCUAUCACAUAAACUUUUUGCAUUUACAAGAAGUUGAGAAGCGUUUCCCGGGCGAUUUUGGCCGCAUGCGAGCGCUGUCGAUGGUGGAAGAGGAUGGAGAGAAGCGUAUCAACAUGGCAAACCUUUCGAUUGUGGGCUCGCACGCCGUGAACGGUGUGGCAGCAAUCCACUCGGAAAUCAUCAAGAAGGACAUCUUCAAGUGCUUCUACGAGAUGACGCCGGAAAAGUUCCAGAACAAAACGAAUGGAAUCACGCCUCGGCGCUGGCUGUUGCUGUGCAACCCGGGCCUGUCCGAUUUGAUCGCGGAGAAGAUCGGGGACGAGUGGCCAGUCCAUCUGGAGCAGCUGCAGGGACUGAAACAGUGGUCGAAAGAUCCUACAUUCCAGCGGGCCGUAGCGCGUGUAAAGCAGGAGAACAAGCUGAAGCUGGCGCAGCUUCUGGAGAAGGAUUACGGCGUGAAGGUUAACCCAGCGUCCAUGUUUGACAUUCAGGUCAAGCGCAUCCACGAGUACAAGCGCCAGCUGCUCAACUGCUUGCACAUCAUCACGCUCUACAAUCGCAUCAAGCGCGAUCCGACGGCAAACUUUACACCGCGCACGAUCAUGAUCGGAGGCAAGGCGGCGCCGGGAUACUACAUUGCCAAGCAAAUCAUCAAGCUCAUCUGUGCGGUCGGCAAUGUGGUCAACAAUGAUCCAAUCGUCGGCGACAAGCUGAAGGUCAUCUUCCUGGAGAACUAUCGAGUAACGCUGGCCGAGAAGAUUAUGCCGGCGGCCGAUCUGUCGGAGCAAAUUUCUACCGCUGGCACGGAAGCAUCCGGUACCGGCAACAUGAAAUUCCAGCUUAAUGGCGCCCUCACCAUCGGCACGCUCGAUGGUGCCAAUGUGGAGAUGGCGGAGGAGAUGGGAAAUGAGAACAUCUUCAUCUUCGGCAUGACCGUCGAGGAGGUCGAGGAUCUCAAGUGUCGCGGAUACAAUGCGUACGAUUACUACAAUUCCAAUCCCGAUAUUAAGCAGUGUGUGGAUCAGAUCCAGGGCGGUUUCUUCAGCCCGGGCAAUCCCCAGGAGUUCCAAGAUUUGGCCAAUGUGCUGCUGAAGUAUGAUCGCUACUACUUGUUUGCCGACUUCGAUUCCUACAUUAAAACACAGGAUCGCGUGUCGGCCGUGUACCAGGAUCAACCGAAAUGGUUGGAGAUGUCGAUCAACAACAUCGCGAGCAGUGGCAAAUUCUCGAGCGAUCGCACCAUCGCCGAGUAUGCGCGACAAAUCUGGGGCAUCGAACCGAGCUGGGAGAAGCUGCCGAAUCCGGGCGUUGCAAAGUAGAGUGCAAUCGAAAAAACGGUUUAGCGAUAGUUAGCGAUGUUUGCCACUGCCGUUCUACUACGUACGCGCUAACACAUUGGGAUGCAAUAGAGAGUAGCGUUAGGCCGUCACCAUGGCUACUAGUUGCAUAACACGACUUUGCGUUUCGAACCUGCAAUAUACUCCUUUAUAGGGUGCCAUCAAUAUCACUAACACACCGAAAAAAAAUAUAUAAACUAACACCUAACACUAUUAUAUGAAACAAGGGGAUUUAGCAAAACAGCGCGCGCAGCAGCCCGUGCCGUCGUAAGACACAACAGAUUGGUUAAUUUCGUUAGUCUUUUCUUUUGCCUUAUUCGUUAAACGGACGAUAAUCGAUUGUGGCGCAUGUUAUUAUAAAUAAAAUGCUGUUGGUAGUCAAUGUUAUGGGAUUAUUGUUUUCAAAUAAAAACUUAAAAAUCGCAUCUCCUGCAAGACCGCGUUGGGCAGAUCUUUCUUUCCUUCCGAGGACUGAGUCGUACGCUACGCAAUACAUUCAAUCACAAUAGUUUUUAUUCUCUUUUCGACUUUCGACCUUUCUUGCCAUUAUUGUUGAUGUACAGUUUGCUGACGAGAGGCUCGUUCAAGCAUAUAAAUAACAUAUCUAUGCCAUUAGACCUACGCCUUUGCCUGCUGCACCAAGGCUUGCGAUUUAUUACUUUGCGUUAUAGAAAAAAA